AUGGAUUCAUUUGAUGGGGCUAUUUUAACCAUAUUUGCUUUAUUAAUCACAAUUUAUUAUAAAUUUGAAGCUAUUAAAGCUAUCUUAUACGAUGAAACUGAAGAAAGUCUUGGCGCAAUCUCUAGUAGUGGUUCUAGGGAAAUUACUACCGUGAUCCAGGAAAAUGACAAGAAUUAUAUUGUAUUUUAUGGUACACAAACUGGCACUGCAGAAGAUUAUGCAAAGAUGUUUGCUAAAGAAUUAGUUGGUAAGUUUUCUUUAAAAGUAAUGUGUGCAGAUGUUGAAAAUUUUGAUUUUGAAACAUUAAAUGAAUUACCUAAGAAUGUUAUGGUAUCAUUUUUUAUUUCAACUUAUGGUGAAGGUGAUUUUCCUGAUAGUGCAGUAUCGUUUGAAGAAUUUUUACUUGGUUUAGACGAAUCUGAACAAAGUUUAAAUAGAUUAAGAUUUACAAUGUUUGGUUUAGGUAACUCUACUUAUGAAUUUUUCAAUAAUGCCGCUAAGAAAGCUACAAAGAAUAUGAUUAAUAAUGGUGCAACUUUAAUCGGUAACCUUGGUGAAGGUGAUGAUGGAACAGCUACUACUGAUGAAGAUUAUUUAGCUUGGAAGGAAUUGAUACUAGAAGACAUUAAAGAGGCUUUAUUAUUACAAGAACAUGAACAGGUUUAUGAACCUUCUAUGAGAUAUGAUACAUUAAUUGCUAAUAAUGUAGAUAUGGAUACUGUGUCUCUUGGUGAACCUUCUAAACAUUACUUACCUUGUAACAAAUUACCAUUCAAUAAUCAGUUAAAUAUUCAAACUGGUCCAUUUAAUCAUAACUUCCCAUAUUUGGCUCCGAUUGUUAAAUCUAAUGAAUUAUUUGGUAAAGAGGCAGAUCGUAGUUGUGUUCAUGCUGAAUUCGAUAUUUCAGGAUCUAAUAUCAAAUAUUCUACAGGUGAUCAUUUAGCUGUUUGGCCUUCAAACUCUAAUGAAGCUAUUAAGAAAUUUUUAUUAGCUUUUAAUUUAGAUGAAGAUGAAAUGUUUACUUUAAAACCAUUAGACUCCACUGUCCAAUUACCAUUCCCAUGUCCAACUACUGUAAGUACAGCUGUUCGUUAUUAUAUGGAGAUUACAGGUCCAAUUUCAAGACAAUUUUUUAACUCCUUAAUUCAAUUUGCUCCAAAUGCAGAUAUUAAACAAAAAUUAUCUCAGUUAUCAAAAGAUAAGAUCUUGUUUGCUGAAAAUAUAACUUCAAGAUGUUACAAUAUUGCUGAUGCCGUGCUACAUUUAUCUGAUAAUCAACCUUGGAAAACUGUUCCAUUUGAGUUUUUAAUUGAAUCGAUCCCACCAUUGAAGCCUCGUUAUUAUUCCAUUUCUUCUUCAUCAAGCACUGAAAAACAAAUGAUUCAUAUUACUGCUAUAGUUGAGAAGAAUAUUGUAAAUGACGAAUCUUCACCUGUUCUAAGUACUUAUGGUAUGACUACUAACUUAAUUAAACAUAUUGAAUGCAGUCAAAAUUUCGAAGAGAAAACUACCGAUCAAUCAGGGGUUAGUUUCAACCUAGAUGGACCUCGUGAUUUGUUCCAGGAUUAUAAGCUUCCUGUAUUUGUCCGUCGUUCUACUUUUAAAUUACCUUCCAAUCCAAAGACCCCAGUUAUUAUGAUUGGCCCAGGUACCGGUGUUGCUCCGUUCCGUGGGUUCAUUAGAGAAAGGGUUAAAUACCUUGAAGCACAAAGUAAUUCCAAUGUUAACUUAGGUAAACACUUAUUAUUUUAUGGUUGCCGUAACGAUCAAGAUUUCUUAUAUGAAAAAGAAUGGCCAGUCUAUGCUAAUACUCUUGGAGAAGCAUUCCAAAUGUUUGUCGGUUACUCGAGAGUUCCUGACGCUCCAAAGAAAUAUGUUCAACACUUAUUAAGAGAACAACGGGAACAAAUCAUGUCUCUAUUGAAAGAAGGUGCAUUUAUUUACGUUUGUGGUGAUGCUAAGGGGAUGUCACAAGAUGUUCAUGCUACUUUAGUAGAUAUCGUUGCCGAAGGUUUAACUAUAUCCGAAAAUGAAGCCAUUGAUAUGUUAAAAGUAUUCAAGACCACUGGUAAGUACCAAGAAGAUGUUUGGUGA